CGCACCUUGUUGUGCGAGCUGCUCCGCCCAGAUCCAUCAGUGUCGGUUAGGUCUCGGCUCCGGAGGAGCGGGUUCGGGGUUCCGGAAACAGGCCGAGUUUAUUUCCACAGGUUCGCUGAAGCGCUUCAGCUGCUCAUAUAAUGUCGGUUUUAAGGCAGUGUGUCACGGGAGUUGAACCUUAACUUUUGCAAUAGAAGUUUAAACCGCGGUACGGUACGUGCUACGAGCUAACAGCUAGCCUCGCUAGCCUGUGGUGUGUCCGGGUCUGAGCUCCUCUCAUCUGCCUUCUCAUGCCCUGCUGCUGCUGCGGCCUGACGGAACAUGGUGUCGUGGAUCAUAUCGAGGGUCGUGGUGCUGCUGUUUGGAACCCUGUAUCCAGCAUACUACUCUUACAAAGCAGUGAAAACCAAAAACGUAAAAGAAUAUGUCCGCUGGAUGAUGUAUUGGAUCGUGUUUGCACUUUACACGGUAGCAGAAACCAUCGCCGACCUCAGCAUAGCCUGGUUUCCGCUCUAUUAUGAAAUAAAGAUCGCUUGUGUGAUCUGGCUCAUGUCUCCCUACACUCGAGGAGCCAGUGUAAUCUACAGAAAGGUCCUGCAUCCUCUACUGACUUCAAAAGAAAGGGAAAUCGAUGACUACAUUGUUCAAGCUAAAGAACGCAGCUAUGAAACAAUGCUUCACUUCGGCAAGCAGGGCCUAAGUAUAGCAGCUACCGCAGCUGUCUCUGCAGCUGUCAAGGGACAGGGUGCCAUCACGGAGAAGCUGAGAAGUUUCAGCAUGGCCGACCUCACCCAGAUCCCGCAGGAUGACGGGGGCGGCGAGCAAUACCCGUCCUACUCCAGCUGCAAUCCCGCCAGGAGAGCAGUAGGCUCCACCCAGCACGACGGAGCCGACUAUUACAAGGACACUGAGGAUGAGCAAGUUGAUGAUGAGAACGAGGGGGUGUUCUCCGAAGAUGAAGCUGUAACUCAGCGAGGCCUCAGGCGAUCUCAAAGCACCAAAAUCUCACGCUCCAAACUUCGAAAAGAUCCUCGUUAUGGAUCUCUGAAGAUUAAAGGGAGGCGGCGGCCUGCGCUGAACACCAUGACGUAUAUCAGCACUGACCAGUGACUACUGAUCCUGGAGGGCUUUAUCUACAGAAGCCUAAUGAGUGUUAAUAUUCUCCUGUCUUCUUAAUGGCUGUGGGUUCUUUCAUCAUUCGCGCCGAAAAUCCAGUAGGUUUUUAACGCGACACUAUUUAUUUCUGAACUCCCUGAGUUAAGCAAACGACACGAGCUUGUAUAUUUGUAAGAAUAUUGUGACAGAAAUGUAGUGUGAGUGCUUUAUAUUGAGGUAUUUCACCUGACGUCACAGGGUCACGUGACGCCCCGGUGUCCGCCAUUUUGGACAUCAAAACUAGCUAAUGUCAACAACAGUAGCUGGUAUGUUACUGUAGCAAUGUUUACGUUCAGUCAUUU